AUGACACCGAGAACAAAUACUGGGUCAGAAAAGAAGAGUUCAUCGUCGGAGGAAUACCACAUCCAAGAGCAAACACCGGGAUGGCGACCAUGCUAUCUCCGAAGGCGAGUGUUGGUUGUUUUUGCGAUCGUCUUCUGCCUAAUAAUAGCCGCCCUGGAGACACUCAACCAAAUCUCUCAAGCUCACAAUGGCAUCGCAUCUUCAAUUGAAAGUCGUCACUACUUUUGGACCUAUGGGCCUACCGCAAUCCUCACUAUCGUUGCCUUAUUUUGGUCACGCGUCGAGUUCCAAGCGAAGCAGAGUGCACCUUGGUACUCUAUACUUCAUGAACCCCAAGACGCGGAGAAGAGUGUGCUCUUAGAUUACAUAUCCGAGAUGCAACCUGUGUCCAUAUGGGGAGCCUUGAAGAAUAAGCAUUUUACCGUCGCUGCUGGCGUGACUUUGUCGAUACUUCUCCGCCUCCUCGUCAUCUUCUCUACUGGCCUUUUUUCGCUGCAACAAGUCCAAGUUCAAAAGAACAAUUUUCCGAUCCAGAUUCAUAGUAAUUUCAACAUCAAAAACUCUACACUUCAGGACUUCGGGUUGCAGGCAUACGACAUUCUCAAUGGUGUGCUUUUCCAAGACCUCCCCUUUCCCGAAGGCUCAACUGCAAAUUUUGCAUUUCAGAAAUUCUCUGCCUCGGCUCUUCCGUCUGAUGCAAAUAUUACCGUACCCAUUGAAGGUCUAAUGUCAGACCUGCACUGCGAGGUUGCUGAUGUGACGGUUAAGGGUUGGCCGGCAGCCAGGUCAGGCUAUAUAUCAUGUCUUGUCGACCUAACCACCCCAUCAUGCAAGAUCUCGAACGUAACUCUCGAGUUUAUAACCGACGACGUUCCAUUUGGAGCGGACUUGCAAAUAGGGCACUGCGACAAUACAAAUGGUUCUGGGGGCAGGCGCGUUGUAGCAACCAGCCAAGAGAACAAAGCCGACGAUUCUAUGCCGUCCAAUAGAACAUUGGCUCGCUCUGCUGCACUGAUAUGCAAACCGUCACUCCUUUCUUUGAGCCUCAAGGCGCAAGUCAAGGCAUCUGGAUUGUCUUCGAAUGCUCAGUUCAAAACUGUUGGCUUUCAAAAUGCGACUCUGCCCGGUCUAACAGCUGGUGACCUGAUUUACCCGGUUAUUGAUGGCUUUAGCAACACUAAUGGCUUCAGAGCCAUUGAACAGCACCGGGAAGUCGCAGUAAAAUAUUCUGCUCAAUCACAAGUGACACGAUAUGCUGCUCAAUCACAGGUGGCACUUGGAAUGUGGCUGACAGGAGCAGCCCCAAAGCUUGAACCUCUCUUUAAGCUUGACGUGCUUGAAAAUGUGACUGUGUCAUAUUAUCGCGCAAUGGCCGCGCAGCUUCUGCAUUUGGGCUCUCAACAAGAGAAAGCGACAUCAUAUGGCCAGGCAACUGUACAUGAGAAUAGAGUGCUGGUGUCGCAACUACCCCUUCGAGUGAUGGAAGCCUCUCUCUCAUUGGGGGUCCUACUGCUGGGUUGGAUGAUUUUUCUCGUGUCGCGGGAGACAUUGACUCAGUGGAACCCGAGUUACAUCGCUUCCAUUGUAGCAAUCCUAGCCAAUAGUGAGGAUCUCCGACAGUCUCUCCGCGGCACUGGGGCAGCAAGCAUGGAGGAUAUUCAUACGCGUCUAGCUGGUCGACGCUACUAUUUGCAAAGCACACCUCGGGGCACUGCAAUUCUAGACAUAAGCGAGGAUUCCAAUGAGCUAGAAUUCGAGCCUACAACUGAAUACGUCGCAUGGAAGCCAUUCCCGAGUUUCGCCUCUCGGGCUUCUGGCUUUGUCGUAAUUGCCAUGAUCAUUGCAGCUUUGGAGAUUGUCCUGCACCUCUCUCAGACAGGGAAUGGUAUAGGAGAUAUUGCCUUCAAUGAAUACGUGCACUACCUGUGGACAAUCAUCCCCGCGUUGAUUAUGGUGUUGAUAAGUAUGUUCUACUCAACCAUGGACUUCAAUACAAGGUGUCUUGCACCAUACGCUCGCAUGAAACAAUCUAACGGUGCCACGAUCAAAGACUCUUUGGAACUGAGCUUUAUGGACACCCUCGGACUGCAUAAUAUUGUCAUUUCAAUUCGGUCGAGGCAUUUUGCGGUGCUAGCAACAACAUUGGCGACUGGGGCUGCCUUCUUUCUGACCAUCGUCACCAGCGGUUUAUACUCAGCCACCGAUAUUCCUCGGCAUAUCGUUUCAAACUUUACACAGAAUGGCAGCUUUCCAAAUCCCAAAGCCAUUGCUCCAGUUGCUUUGAACAUAGACGAAUAUGCCGAGGUUACGGGAAUUGUGACAGCUAAAUACAUUCUCCAAGACAACCUCACAUUUCCAAGAUGGACAUGGGAUGGCCUUGCGCUCCCGGAAAUAUUACCACACGCUCUUUUGGGUCCGAGUUGGGCAAUAGAAAGCUCUUAUGUGGACCUACGAGUGUCUGCACUGAGAGCUGCUCCUUCCUGUCGGCUCCGAACGAGCGCAGAGCUGAAUCCAAACAUCACCUUGGAAGAUGGUUCAGCCGACAAAUUUAGACUGACUGUUAAUUUGCCCCGUCUAUCUUGCUCAUAUAACACCCCAAAAAUAAAUUUUACGCAGGAACUGUUCAGCAAGAAGCCGCUUCAAUCCCAACACUUCGGAUACUCGGUACAAUACCCAUGUUCUAAGGAAGACCCCAUGCGUCCUUCGCCCACUCUCUGGACAAACUCGUACAUCUGGGGACAGUUAAGCAAUACCUCUGUCAAGAGUAUCAUGGCCCUCACGUGCAUGCAAUACGCCGAAACAGUCGAGUCUUCAGUACGCUUGAAGUUUCCAGGAUUAGAAAUUGCCGAAGACCACCCCCCAGUACCCGACGAGUCGAGCGCAAAAUUCGUUCCAGAUGUCUACGUGCCAAUUUCUGAGUGGUGGGUGCUGGGCGAUCGUGAAUCAUAUCCCAUGACAGACGCUUUCUUCUAUUUCUUGACAGCUGGAAAGUACGGUAUUCCAAUCGAAGAUCUUGGAGCUCCAGGGAAGAGCGAAAAGGUUAUCAAAGCAAUCAAGCGCCAGAUACGACUCAUUACCGCCCAGCAAUUCAACUCUUACUCUCGCGGCACAUCGAAUGAAACAAAAUCUCGAACAAGACUGGUCGGGAAUAUCACGAUGCCCAAUCGACUGCGGUUGAUUCAAGAUGCAACUUCAACGCGGAUACUGGAAGGAAUCCUUGGAGUGAUGCUUGUAUUGGGUAUACUUGGCUCCGUGAUCAUGAACACGGAUCAUGUUCUGCCGAAGAACCCAUGCAGUAUCGCGGCUGUUGCGAGUCUCUUGGCAGAUUCAAACCUCAUAGAUCGACGUGCGUUGGAGAUGACUGUCCCAAGCGCUAAACCUCUCCAGUCUAGCCUUUUUAGCCAAUGUUGUGCUUAUUUAGGCUGGAGGGAUGGGAAACCUAGCCCUGAGUUGUUGGCUGUAGGCGAGGAAAUGGGAAGUCGCGGCAAGUUCACGAUAUAUCUUGACUCGGAAGACGAAUCUAGCGGAUGGAACAUGUUUUAA